AUGUUGCUAUCCACAUCGAUGGCAGCAUCUGUUCACAGACCUAAAUGCGGUCUCGAGCAAGACUUUCGCCCUAGACUGAAUCUGUCGGCCGCUGUGUACCAAUUUGGCCUUAGAACAAAGGCAUUAGAUCUGUGGCAGAUAGUUUUGGAAAUCCUAACGGCACCUACUUUUCACCUGACGAGAAGACGGUCUGUAUUGCCGACACAGAUCAGCAACACGGCCAUUCGCCAUCGUUUAUUUCCACUCGCCAACACAGCAAUGCCUGGUAAAAUCAAGUGUACCAAAUAUGGAAACGCGUACAGCAGAUGUGGCGAUGGAAUAAACGUGUGGUCGGCUGGUGGCGUGUUGCUCGGCAAAGCGCUCGUCCCGAGGGAAGCCGUCAACUUUUGUUCUCAUCGAGACGAAGAGAAGUUCGCCCUGAAAGAUCAUCGAAUCUGA